AUGCUACAGCAACUAAAACAUGUAAUCAAACGCAGAUCUCUCUUCUCUUCUUUCCUCAUUCACAACAACCACCCUUCUUCCUUUUCUUCUUCUUCAUCAUCUUCCUCUUCUCAUAACUCCCACACCGUCUUAAGAAAAAUAAACCAAAACGACGUCGCAUCUUCCAUCAAGGACUGGUUCAAGACGCUUGACUCACUCAUCACUCGAAUCUUUCAGAUUCUCUCUUCGAAGGACUCCUCCUCCUAUAACGACAACGCCGCCGUCGAUGCCUCUCUCUCCGCCCUAAAACUCCCCCGUCUCGACGAGUCCUUCGUCCUCACCGUACUCCACCAUGGCACCGCCGCCGCACACGUCUACCCCUGUCUCCGCUUCUUCCGUUGGGCCGGCCGCCAGCCCGACUUCCACCACACUCGCGGCACCUUCUCCGCCAUCUCCCGAAUCCUUGCUCGCGCCCCAUCAGUGGAAGACCUCGACGAAUUCCUCCCACCUUUCCGCCGCCGUGGUCCCGCUUUGUGGGGGAGUAAUAGAUUUUAUCAUGCUAUUAGGUUGGUUAGGGAGUUUGGGAAUUCGGGACUGGUGCCGUUGGAUCAUACUUAUGAGGUUUGUAUAAUGGACCUUGUGCAGGGUGGCCGGUUGGAUGAGGCCUUGGAGUUUUACAGACAGAAGAAAGAAGAUGAAGGGUACAUUCCUGGUUUGGGGAGUUACAACAUGUUGAUUUAUAGGCUCUUGAGGGAGAACAGACUCAUCGAGGUGUAUGAUUUGUUUACAGACAUGUCUGAGACUGAUGUUCCACCGAAUACGGCUACCAUGAAUGCUGUGCUGUGCUUCUUUUGCAAGGUGGGGAUGGCGGAUGUCGCUCUUGAUCUGUUCAAGUCGAGGUCAGAGUUUAUGCUGUCACCAAAUCAUAUGGCUUAUAAGCACUUGAUACUUGCUUUGUGUUGGGACGGAAACGCCAAGGAAGCAUUCAGUGUGUUGAAGAGCUCGAUCGAUCACCAUUUUAUUCUAGAUGCACCGACCUUUACUAGGCUUGCUAAUGUUCUGUGUAGAGAGUGCAUGAUUGAUGAGAUGAAAGAGUUGCUCCAUCUUGCCUUGGAAUGGAAAAUUAUGCCUAAUGCUUCCACGUAUGACAACUUUAUAACGGCACUGUGCCGGGCGGGAAGAGUGGAAGAGAGUUAUUUGAUACAUGGGGAACUUAAAGGUGUGUCUUCUAGCAGGGCCUAUGCAAAUAUGAUAAAGGGUUUUAAAGAGUUGAAUAGGGGAGAUAUUGCUGCUCGUCUUCUCGUUGAAAUGAAGGAGAAGGGUCAUGAAGUGACACCGGCUCUAUGUAGAGUUGUUGUUUGUUGUUUACUUCAGAUGGACAAUUCAAGGUCUCGGUUUUUCAGUUUGUUUGAGAUGCUGUCCCAUAAUGAUCGUCAACAUUAUAUUUAUGAUUGUUUCAUUGAUGCGGCUGGGCAUGCCAAGCAGGCUGAGUUGGCUUGGAAUGUGUUUGAGUUGAUGCAGAGGAAUGGCAUUCAGCCUACUUCAUCUUCUCUAAUUCUUAUGUUGAAAGCUUAUUUGGAAAGUGGAAGGACUUAUGAUGCGCUUAACUUCUUUAAUAAUGUUUGGUCCCGUGGAUUGGCUACUAGAAAGUUAUAUAAUUGCUUGGUUGUUUCUCUCUGCAAAAGCAAGAAUCCUGGACCUGCGUAUCUGCUCUUACAAAAAAUGUUAAGAGAUGGUUUUCAUCCAAGCAUUGAAUGCUAUGAGAAUCUUGUACAGGAGCUUUGUUCAUCGAAAAGAUAUCAUGAGGCAGUGGAUCUUGUUAAUGUGUAUGAGAAAAUGGGACGUCGAUUAACCUCUUCUCUCGGUAACAUACUUCUUUCUCAAUCUAUGUCUUCACUGGAAGUUUACAAUGCCUGUGUUCGUUUAAGAGGAGUGAAAGAGGAGGGAAAAACUGAUUGGUCAAUGCUUAGCUUUGUGGUUGGUGCAUUUUAUGAUCAUCAUAGAGUUAGCCAUGUUGAGGACUUGGAGAAACUAAUAGCAAAGUGCUUUCCACUUGACAUUUACACUUACAAUUUGUUGUUGAGAAAAGCAUGUAAGAGUGAUAUGGGGCAGGCUUGUGAGUUGUUUGAAAGGAUGCGUCGAAGGGGCUUUGAGCCGAACAGGUGGACUUAUACCAUCCUGGUUUAUGGUUUCAAAAGGCAUGGGACGAGAGACGAGGCUGAGAGGUGGUUUCAAGAAAGUAAAAGGAUAUUAUCCAACAGAGAAACCAGAAUGCUCAUUUUAAGGAACAAUUGA